AUGGCCAGGAAAGGAAGCACUGACCAUUUGCGCUUCGGCGUGCCCGAUACUGCACCGGUGAAGCCGACCGACCUCUCGGCACGGGAGAUUUCCAUCACCCUUUCCAUGAUCUACGCGGUCAGCUUUUUUGAAGGAGCUGACAUGCAGCUUUUGCCUGCAUCUUUCCGAGCACUGGAGGGAGACCUGGGUUUGUCUCCAACGACCUUGGCUGCAUCCUCCUUGAUGCAAACGCUUACCUGCGCGACAUUCUCGGUUUUUUGGGGCGUACUUUUGGACAACGGCAUCCUGUCUCCUCAGCAAGUGCUUUUUAGUGGCUGCAGCGGAUGGGGCGUGCUCACCCUUCUUUUGGCCUCAAUCACUGACACUAGCUGGAUCUUGGUGCUCCGUUUGUUCAACGGGAUUGCCCUAGCAACGCUUUCGCCCACGACGCAGACCCUGAUAGCAGACCUGACACCUCCACAGGAGCGAGGACGGGCCUACAGUUGGUCUGGCUUUUCUAUGGCCAUGGGCUGCAUGAGCACUGCCAUGAUCACCACCACCAUCUCGCAGAGGAGGAUUUUUGGCCUGUAUGGUUGGCGAGUAGCGUUCGGCAUAGCGGCUGGACUGAAUGGUCCAGAUUCUGAGCGUGACAUCUUGGGAGUGGGAAUUCUUAGCAUUUUCUUGGGCUAUGCCGUGAAGAAGUUGGUCAGGCUACCAACCGAUUCGCACAUUGCCGAUGAGACGAUGUAUGGCUCCAUCAGCUUCUCCAAAGAGUUGCGCACGGUGAUGUCUUUCUUCGAGGUGUGGACGUUCUCGGUAAUCGUCCUGCAGGGUUGCUUCGCGUGCAUCCCAUGGACGGCCAUGAGCUUCGCCACGAUGUUCUUGCAAUACUCAGGAGUACCUGACUUGACGGCAGGAUGCAUUUCUGGACUGAUGCUCUUGUGCGGCUCCUUUGGGGCUUUGCUUGGCGGCUACAUUGGUGAUGGACUCACAAAGCACCCGUUGAGUCGUUUUCAAGGCCGGCCCUUCACAGCUCAGUUGUCAGUUUGCAUUUCGAUCCCUGUGGCCCUGUUGUAUUACCACUUCGUUCCUCACAGCCCGGAGGGCAUUCCAUAUUGGACCGGACUUGUGGUGGUCUUUGGCCUUUGUGCCACCUGGUGUGAUUACGGCGUCAAUCGGCCCAUGCUCUCUGAAGUCGUCGCGCCCCAACAUCGAGCGAGGAUCCUAGGAGUUCUGUGUGCAGCGGCAGGGACGGCUGCUGCCUUUGGUGGGCCUUUGGUGGCUCUUGUUUCUGAGGCAUUCUUUGGCUACAAGACGCAGCGCAUACCCAUAAAUCAGGUUCCGGAGGACAUCAGAAAGAUUAACGCUGAUGCUUUGGGCAAUGGUCUGACUUUAGUGUGUUGCAUACCAUGGACGAUUUGUUUGAUCUUCUACACGGCUUUGCAUUGGACCUAUGAAGCAGAUCAUGUUGCCCUCCAAAAGAAACAGGAAAUGCAUCGACCUCCCUCAACUGACGAGGAUGAAGACUUUGAAGGCCUGCGGCCUCCAUUUACUUGGACUGGUGGCAGUCCUUGUUAA